AGGAAAAAAAGGUGACUAGACAGUUGAUUGAAAUUAAAAUGGCCACUGUGCGGAUUCAUUUCCAUUUUCUGGUUCUGACAUGUUUGAGUCUCUGGACGGGCGCUGUCUUCUCCUUGGAGGAUCAGUCAUCGCAACAACUGCGAAACAAUCACAACCAAUUUCAAACAUUUAUGGAAGCCACAGUGUCUCGUCUGGAGGCAUUGGAACAAGAGCAGAUUAAAAUUAAAGAAGAUUCCGCUGCGAAAAUCAUGCAACUAGAGGCUAAAGUAAAGCAGCAAGAAAUCUUACUGGCUGCUCUGUUGAAAAGCGACCAGUCUUCCUCCGGCUCAAAAUCUGUUCCAGGAGAAUCGAGGGCCGCCACUAAAGCGAUGCCAACGUCGUGCGCCGAUCUCAAAAGUACUGGGCACCUCUGGAGUGGCGUCUAUUCCGUCAUUGGCGCCUCGACGGUGGAAACUGUUUACUGCGAUUUCACCAAACCCAACACCGACCCAGGUUUCCAGACUUUUGUCGGUUACGCCGGUGUCCAAUCCAAACCGACAUACUUCUACGGUCAACUGAACUACAACUGGUACUCUGUCGGAAUUCCAAUUGCAUACGACACCUUCGUACUAAACGAAGGAGGAGCUUACGACCGAACGACAAAAAAAUUCACAGCACCCGUGGCGGGGAGAUAUUUCUUCUCCUUUACUGGAAGAGCCCAAUCGUACAACCCGCCGUCCGAUUUCACAUUAGACGUGACGUUGAAAAAGAACGGCGCAACCAUCGCCAGAGCAGCGGCCGAUGACGGAGCCAAUUCCGAAACACUCUCGCUGCAAUCGAUAUUAAAUCUGACAGCUGGCGAUCAAGUCUGGACUGAGGUUACGUACAUCACUUCAGGCAUCAGUCUGCUCGGUCCCGAUUACACGCAUUUCACUGGUUUCCUUCUCGAAGAAGAUGUUUCCCUAUCGCUCAAAGCCCUCAUUUAGAUAACGAUCGACAAAUGAAAUACAACGAGACUUUGCAGCCCUU